AUGAGGAAACAGAGCUCAGGUCUCCCCACACCCACUGGCCCUGGCAAGGCUGAAGGAUUACAUUUCCCAUGUUUACAAACACUAAAAGCGCGGGAAAAGAGUCCAGCAGCUGGGGACGUGUGGUGGCCAAAACUCUCUGAAAAGGAAGGUAGUGUUUCUCCCUGGUUGGUGACAGACUCACAGUACAAGAUGAUGAUGCUACAGCCUCAAGACCUCUCGGAGUAUGAGAUACUCCGGGAACAGAACAUCCAGAAGAGACAGCACCUGAUGGCAGCUCUUAUGAGAGACUUCCAGGAGUUCAAGUCUGCAGUGGCUCCCCCAAAGCCCAUCAUGAAGGAGGUGAAGGAACCCCACAAGGAGCAGCGGCGCCUCAGUGGUUGUGCCCCCAGGCGACGCAGCAGCAGGAAUAACAGGUUCCAGCCAUACCACUCACCCCCAAAGACCAGAGCACGACGGGAAGCCACCAACAGUGCACAGGCAGAGUGGGAGCGUCUCAUUCAAGACGAUGAUGCAAACCCCUAUUGGGUUCCCAUAGACGAGGAUGAUGCUGAGGGGGAGGAGAAGGAACCUCAGCCUCUGUAUGUCAAGUUUCACUUCACAUUGUGCCAUCAGACUUCAGACAGUGACUCAGAUAAAGAGGAGGAAGAAUCAGAGGAUGAGAUAGAGUGCUUUGUGGAGGACAUGGACGUGACCAAGAUGAGACCAGCAGAUCAGUAUGAGUCACUGCACAGCUGUAGUGUGAGGCAGCAGAGCAGGAGUGGCUGGUCCCGGGGCAGCGAGGGCACAGAAAGGGGGGGACGCCGGAAAGGAAACCUCAGCUUUGACCCAAAUGUAAAUAUAGUGAUGCCCAAGGACAUCACUCCACAAGCCCUGAGGAAUGUGGCGGAGCGAAGUGGAAGGAAGGUGUACAAUGCCUACAUAGGAACCACCUGUCACCAGUGCAGGCAGAAGACGAUAGACACCAAGACAGUGUGUCGGUCUGGAGACUGUUCAGGCGUGCGGGGGAUGUUCUGCGGCCCCUGCCUCAAGAACCGGUAUGGGGAGGAGGUGAAGGAGGCGCUGCUUGACCCACGAUGGAUGUGUCCUCCCUGCCGAGGUCUUUGUAACUGCUCCAUCUGCCGGAACAGGAGUGGGAAGGGCGCCACGGGGAUCCUCAUCAACAUUGCCCGGGCGCGUGGCUUUGACAAUGUGAAGGAUUACUUGGAGAGUCUCAUCAAGUAGUGGCCCUCUGAGGUUGACAUCUUCUCCCUGUCUUGUUAUGCCUCCUCACAAUUCUAACUUUGUUUACUCUUUUGCCAGAUAUAUUGGUAAAGUUUUAAGUGCCAUCUUGUGGUGAGGACGGGUUGAUGGUUGCUAAGAGUUUAUCAUGACUAGAUAAUCAUUUUUUUUUUUUUUCAUGAUGAGUGGAUUAUAAGAGAAAUGGAAAGGUUCUGUUUUAGUUAAUACUGUUCUGAUUGCAGGAAAUUGAUUAUUCCUGUAGAAUUUGGAGAAGAGUUCAACACUGCUGUUAGUACACAAAACCUGAAAGUAAAUCAUAAGUUUUGAACAAAGAAAGAACUUGAUUUUAUAGUAGCAAAGAGGUACUUAUGUGCAGCCUUUGUGAGUAUAGUGCUGUAUUCUAGUAAAUCCUGGAAAAUGAAGGAGGAUAAUGUUAGCUUGUUAAAGAGAACAGAGAUUAGGAAUAUUGGAUGGAUCUGCAGUGUCAGUGAACAGCAACUUGUAUGGAACCUUUCAAAAUUAUGGUGAUUUAGUUAAGUGAGAGCCAGCUACCAAAUAGAGUGUGAUAAGGCCGAAUAGACACUGAAUGAAGUGAAUGAGUUUAGAUAUUAUGGUUAGGUCAUGUGCAGGUACAGAACAUAGAGGAAGGGGCAUCCUAGGGUGUCCAAGACAGCAAUGAAUCACCAUAGGUAUUGGUGACAAGUGUUCCCUCCCAACCUUUCCUGGUGGUCAGACCAUCUCAGGGUGCGGAGUGAGGCCAUCACAACCCCACACCUCAUUCAUUCACUCUUGUUUGACAUGUCCUGCCUGCCAUAUACUCUAGUUUAUCAUGCCAUCUAUACCAAAUCACAACCAUGUCUCAUAUCACUUCCAUUACUUGGAUCCUAAAUCAUUCAGUCUUACCCCAUGUCCAUAUUUCAUUUGCAUGUAUGAUACCAGUGUAAUGCCCCUUUCACCUUCAUGCUUACUGUUCUAUCUUCCUUUAUAUAUCAAGAAUCCUGUUGUUUUCCUCUCCCACACAUCCCUCUCUUUUGUCGAUUUGCCUCCAUGCAUUCACACUUCCACAGGACUGAAAACUAAGCCAUUACAAUUUAUUAGCUCAGUUUAUUGCACAUUCCAGUCAACAGGUUCACUUUGCUUUUGGACAGACACCAUCACUGCACUUUUGGUCUCAUAUGUCUUCAUCUUUAACAUCUUGUAAACAAUAUUGAGUCAAUUUUACCUUUUAAUCAAUUACUUUUACAAAUUAUUUUAAUAUGCAGUUCCUAUUUUUAUUACAUACAGGUCUUAAUAUUGAUGAUCUAAUUUUUAACUGGCUGUCUACUGUAUGGAUGAGAGGGUCACAGUGACACACUCUGACCAAGAGUAAGCCUCCCCAAUACUUCAGAACCUGAAGAAGGAUUUUAGGAGAUUGUUAUGGUUUAUAGUAAGUGUGGGGCAUGUUAGGUAUUUCUUUAUCUUCACUAAAUGUAUCCUAUAAUAAUUCUAGUGUAGCUAUUGACUAUAUGUCCUAUUGAAAUGGCUUUAAUUAAUUGCAUUAAGAAUUAAGACAUUUCAUGUCUCAGCAUGUGAUGGAAAUCAUUAGCAAUUUAAUGUAAAUAUUGUUGAUUUAUUGAUAUUGUGUGUAAUAAAGACAUCAU